AUGCCGGAGUCUAGCCCGGACAAUACUGCCCAGAAUAGCGAUCCUACAGUUACACCUCCACCUCUAGAAGGGGUGGCGGAUCAUCUUUUACCUGAGAGUGGAGAUGGGCAUAGAGAUUCUACUUCUGAUGGUAUUGAAUUAGGGGCAUAUCCCGCUACACCACCACCUUUCUCGACACCUCCAGUUGCACCUCCUGUUACACCUGCAACUCCACCUCUUGUUCCACUUGUAGCACCAACCAUUCCUUUUCAGUUAAAUACAGACCUGGGUGCUUUUGUAGUACAAGUAGUUACAACAGCCGUUACAGCUAAACUUAGAGAUUCGUGGGAGAUAGUGGAUCAUGCUAGGCAUUUAGGGGCUUAUGAUUUUGAGGGUUCUGAUGCUGAUAUUGCAAAUAAAUGGUUAAAGAAAGUGACAAAAGAGUUUGAAUUAAUGAGGUUGGCUGAUGCAGAUAAGGUAGAUAAUGUACAUGGAUUGCUUCAAGACAUAUUGGCUUAUGAGAAAGUUAAAUACAAUAGAUUCAAACAGGGUCUACACCAAGUGGAUCAAGCGGUUGACCAUUGGAAUACACACAUAUUAAGAAAAGAGGAAGAGCUUCAAGAUCUAUGGGACGAUGAUGAAAGUUCCCAAGAAACAGAACAAGCCGCUGAACCUACUGUCCAAAAAUCAGCAACUAAUCCGGAGUCUACCAUCCGAUCUGCCACUGCACCAUCAAACAGGACUGCUGUUGCACCUGCUGAAUUUUCUGCACCAGCAGAUUUUACUGCACCAGCAAAUUUUUUUGCGCCAGCAGAUCCACCCGCUGCCACGCCCACCACUGCAGAAAUUAAACCAGAAACCCGAGUCCAGGUUACAGCAGAAUUUUCUGCACCAGCAGAUUUUGCUGCUGCACCUGCUGCAAAAUUUUCUGCAUUAGCAAAUUCACCCACUACCACGCCUUCUACUGCAGAAAAUCCAGCAAAGGCAGAACCCCCUGUUGCACAUGAAGAAGCUGAAAUUCAAGCUGGAAAUCUGGCUGUCCAAGCUGCUGAAAACAGAGACAGCAAUAGCUGUCCACAGCCUGCAUUCCCUGCUGCUGUCCAAAAAUCACAGCCUGCUGAAACACACACUGCUGAACCAGAAUUUGCUGUACCAAAAUCUGCUGCACCAGAAUCAGCAGAACCAACCCUUGCAAAUACAGCUGCAGAAAUUGCCCAAACAGCCGAUAGAAUGGCAGAAUACAAUAUGCAAGCUGUUGUAACCAAACCAGCCCAAAAACCAGAAAUUUUUACCAAAAAAAUUCUAGAACCAGCCCCCAAACAGGACCAGCAGCCAACUAAGGCAGGACGCAGCAUGCCCACACCACUUCAGCAAGCAGAAAAUAGGAUGCCCAGACCAGUUGGGCAAACAGCUCCUGAACAGCCAGCAAAGAAGCAACAACAAGUGGAUCAAGCGGUUGACCAUUGGAAUACACACAUAUUAAGAAAAGAGGAAGAGCUUCAAGAUCUAUGGGACGAUGAUGAAAGUUCCCAAGAAACAGAACAAGCCGCUGAACCUACUGUCCAAAAAUCAGCAACUAAUCCGGAGUCUACCAUCCGAUCUGCCACUGCACCAUCAAACAGGACUGCUGUUGCACCUGCUGAAUUUUCUGCACCAGCAGAUUUUACUGCACCAGCAAAUUUUUUUGCGCCAGCAGAUCCACCCGCUGCCACGCCCACCACUGCAGAAAUUAAACCAGAAACCCGAGUCCAGGUUACAGCAGAAUUUUCUGCACCAGCAGAUUUUGCUGCUGCACCUGCUGCAAAAUUUUCUGCAUUAGCAAAUUCACCCACUACCACGCCUUCUACUGCAGAAAAUCCAGCAAAGGCAGAACCCCCUGUUGCACAUGAAGAAGCUGAAAUUCAAGCUGGAAAUCUGGCUGUCCAAGCUGCUGAAAACAGAGACAGCAAUAGCUGUCCACAGCCUGCAUUCCCUGCUGCUGUCCAAAAAUCACAGCCUGCUGAAACACACACUGCUGAACCAGAAUUUGCUGUACCAAAAUCUGCUGCACCAGAAUCAGCAGAACCAACCCUUGCAAAUACAGCUGCAGAAAUUGCCCAAACAGCCGAUAGAAUGGCAGAAUACAAUAUGCAAGCUGUUGUAACCAAACCAGCCCAAAAACCAGAAAUUUUUACCAAAAAAAUUCUAGAACCAGCCCCCAAACAGGACCAGCAGCCAACUAAGGCAGGACGCAGCAUGCCCACACCACUUCAGCAAGCAGAAAAUAGGAUGCCCAGACCAGUUGGGCAAACAGCUCCUGAACAGCCAGCAAAGAAGCAACAAGUGGGGCAAAUGGCUUCAUCCUUGAGCAAACUUGAGCCAUGGAAGAAAAACUGCCAGAAAGCGACUGGGGCAAAUCAGACAGUCGAUCUGCCCAAAUCAUCAGCGGUGAUCUGCCCAAAUCGCCAGGAAAGGCAGAUGUUGAUCUGCCCAAAACAACCAUCCAAGCAGAGUCCCAGACAGCAACUGCACCAGAUCUGA